UUUAUAUGUAUAAUAUAUAUAUAACAAACAAUAAGCUUCCAUUUCUCUUAACUGUCUGUAUGCCAAUGGUCUCACCGCCACCGCCAUGUUUCUUCCCCUUCUGUUGCUCCUCUUCUUCUUCCUCUGUACGCCGCCCUGCCUUCCAUCCCCAACAACACUCCCCCAAAACCCCACCGCCGCGGUGAUUUUCCGGUCAAAUUCCACUUCAAUGCGGUGGCGCGUGUCCGACACGUUGCACACACCCCACGCAACGGCGCGUUAUGUAUUUUUCCCCGGGAAGCCACGGUGGACGCGGCGAAUGCCAAUGGUGCUGACGUACGCAUUUUUCGAGGAGAAUUGGAUAAGCAACUUGAGUUUAAAAGAUGUGAGAGCCGUAUUUCGUAAGGCGUUUUCUAAAUGGGCCCACGUGAUUCCGGUGCGUUUCGAGGAGACCGACGACUAUGGGUACGCCGAUAUCAAAAUCGGGUUUUACAGAGGCGAUCAUAGCGACGGGCAGGCGUUCGACGGCGUAUUGGGGGUUUUGGCGCAUUCUUUUUCGCCGGAGAUUGGGAGGCUCCACCUGGAUGCGGCGGAGACGUGGACGGUUGAUUUCGAGAAGGAGAAAUCGGCGGUGGCGGUUGAUUUGGAAUCGGUGGCGACGCAUGAGAUUGGUCAUUUGUUGGGGCUGGGUCACAGCUCGGUGAGAGAAUCGGUGAUGUAUCCAAGCUUGAAGCCGAGGGAAAAGAAGGCAAAUUUGGAAGUGGAUGACGUGGAAGGCGUGCAAGCUCUGUACGGAUCGAAUCCGAAUUUCAAGUUCGAGUCUUUGGCAUUGGAGUCUGAUACUUCUGCCAGUCAGCCACCUGUUUCCACGUGUACAGUGACAUGGCCUUUUUCCCUCACCUUCUUCAUAAUUUUCACCUCCCAUUUCUAUCUUGUUUUUCCAUAACGAUUGAUAACAGAUGUAAAGA